GCUGUUCGAAAAACCAAAAUCGUUCAGGGUGGCGCGUUGCACGUAGUUUGUGGUACCUGUAUUUAUUUCCACAGAUCUGACAAUAACUGAUGGCAACCGGGAGGCUUGUGAAGCGAAAAAACAAAUCAACGAGUUUCCAAACGUUAUUUGAUCAAAUUCUGUGCCGAUCAGAUAAGUUAUAUAAAGGAUCUGUAAAGUCAGAUGAAAAUAUACUCCAACUACUAGAUGUUUUGGACAAUUGUCGUAAUAAGUGGAAAAGUACUUUCAUAAAACUGUAUUCCGUUCUGCGCGUUCAAAAGUCAGAAGUUAAGCGAUUGACAAAUUUACAGGCCCAUACCCAGGCUAUGUUCGAAGCUGAAGUUCAGAAACGACGUCGUAUAGAACGAUCAAGGAAAUCUCUUGAACACAAGAUUAAUAUGAUAAGACAAGUGCUGCUCGUUAAUGAUGUUGAUAGCGCCAGACGUCAUCUUGAUGCGAUUGACCUUUCCACGAAUGAAAUCAAUCAGUCUUGUAAUGAAUGGUCAGUAGGUUCUUCAAUCGGACACGUCAAUACACCUGUUGAUUCAGAGUCUGUUGUCAAAAAAGGCCGUAAUAGCGGUCGCAUAUCGAAAAAAUUGGGUAGAGCCAGUUCAGUCAGUCAUACUGGUGCUGCCAGACGUUCUGCUACAAAACAAGAAUUACGAUGUGCUUCUGUGCAAAAGUUUAUCGUACGUCGUUCAGGAGAAAGUUUAUCCUCAAAAUCUCCACAGAAUAGUGCACAGAGACUAGGAACCAUAAAUCGUUUAAAUCGUCCUCACAAUUUUGUUUCACGAACUGUAUUACGAAUGGAAGUGUGUAGUGCAUGUGGUCGCCGGAUUACUUUUGGUAAAGCUUCUUACAAAUGCUUAGUUUGUCGUCUUGUAGUACAUCCGGCGUGUCGACAAAUGCUUAUUCAAACUUGUGUACCACCGAGUGUACCACGUGCAAAUUUCACUUCUCAAACAAAUGGUCGCAAUCUACCAACACCCCAUCACAUUUCUGCGUACAUUCCUAUUUCACCAUUAACACAAACUCAAACUCAUGGUUACGGAGAUCCACUACUUUCUAGUCCGACAUUUGCCAAUAGAAUGAGAUCGCGCAAUAUAAGCUUGUCUUUAUUAUGUCCAUCUGAUCAGUUUCCACGAGUUCCUGCACUGGUAAUACAUUGUGUGAAUGAAGUUAUGGCUCGUGGUAUGAAAACUGUUGGACUCUAUCGAGUCUCUGGUUCUGAAAAGCAAGUUCGAGAUUUAUAUGAAAAAUUCCUACGCAGUCGAAGUACACCAAGCUUGGCAUUAAUAGAAGAUAUUCAUGUAGUCUGUGGGUGUUUAAAGUUGUUUUUGAGAAGUUUAGAAGAACCUUUGGUAACUUACCUUCAAAGACCGAAUUUUGUCGGAGCUAGUGAACAGUAUCUAACUAAUCCUACAAAAGCAUAUGAUUGUGUUUUAAAUGUCUUGAAAAAUUUACCGACACCUAAUCGACAUACUUUGUCAUUCAUUAUGCUUCACUUAAAGGCUGUGUCUAAAACAUCGCUAUGUCAAAUGGGUGAAGAUAAUUUGGCAAAAGUUUUUGGUCCAACAUUAGUUGGUUAUUCUUGUCCAGAGCCUCAAGUUAUGCAAGCUAUCUCUGAAACAAAACCACAACAAGAUGUUCUACGAUUACUUUUCAGUCUUUCUGACGACAUCUAUUCAUCGUUUCUAUCGGAUUGGGAUAAUACUUCUGAAAAUAAUAGUGAAACACGUAAAAAUUACUUCACAUCUUUAACUACAGAUAUGAAUUCAUCAGAAAUAACACCUAAUUCACAUAAUAAUAAUAAUAAUAAUCGACUUUGUGACAUGGGAGGAUCUACUCGUAAAGGAUUUUUACCCAAUCUUUUAUCAUCAUUUCGAGAUAUGUCUAGUUAAAAUAUAAUUAAUAAUAAUACACCCCUCUGUUGAUUUAUUUACUAUUGUACUUCUUUGUUAUUUCCACACUACGAAAGAACCAUACAUUAUCCAUUUCUAAAGAUUACAUGUAUAAAAUAAAAAGAAUUUAUACAUAUAUUUAGGUUUCUUCAUUUAAUUAUUUUUUUUUACCAUUGUAACUGAUCACUAGUUCAUUGUUUCUUCUUGAAUACUCAACGUGUCAACUGUUGAUAUUUUGAAUAUGAAUAAUCAUUGGCUACAUUUUUUUAUAGGUUCAAUUGAAUAUUUUAGAAUUUCAUCUGAUAUUCUCAUUUAGUGGCCCAAGAUCUGAUUCCAGUUAGAUUGUAUGUUUGUUAUUGAUAAUAUAUAUAUUCUGAUUAUCUCGUAUAUAGUUAUCGACUUAGAUCGUGUUAGUGGGUAUAUCUGAAUUAAAAUAAGUCAAAUGCGGGAAUGGAUUUCGAAUACAUAUUUUGUACAUUCAUCGAAAUGGACAGAAAAUCACAAGUGCGAAGAGAAGGGAGCGAAACGAAAUGAUGCGCAGUGGAGAAAGCGUAUGAGCCAAGACCAUCUAAUCAAGCGUUAAUAGUCACACGAAAAUAAGUUACAUACAUGUGAUGAGUGAGAUAAGAAGUGCACACACACACACACACGCUUAUAUAAAAACAGUCAAGGUCGAUGAGUGAAUAAUUAACAAGGUCGAAACGUGACUCAAGUGGAAUGGACAAAUUGGCCUGUCCAGAAGGUAGAAUAAGUUAUUUGGGCUUAACAUAGGAACCGACACUACAUUCGCAUCUUUUAACAGUCAUUAAGUUAAAAGUAGGCAGACAAAGGAGAUGGUGCACAGAGUUCUAGAUUCAUCUACAUAACGGUAGUCGAUCUAAGGCAUGUUGCGUUAACUCGCAAACUACUAAUCCCCAUGGUAUAUACAAUCUAAGCAUAAAAGCUUACAUAGGUGUAGUUAAAUUUUUUUAAAUAAAUCCGAUGAUGAAAGAACCAUGUAAUUUGCAUGGGUGUUCAGUUUCCUUUCCCAUCUGAAUUUUAUACUUAAAGGUAUUGAUUAUAGGGAAAUCCAACGACAUAUCCUCUACAACGAGAUAUUUUACCAUAAAUACAGUAUACUACUGUGCAUCAAAAUAAGAACUCAAUUAUUUAUGACAGUGGAUUUACAUUAACAGUCCCCGUAUGGGUAUUUUUCUAAAAGCCUGUUUUGUGAUGUAUUGCAACAUGAACUUCGUGUUAAGCCCUAUAUCUUAACGAUAUAGCCCCCUUGCUAUCUCAACCAUAUCAUCUAAUGAGUAUGUCCAGUGAAGCGAAGGAGAAUCUAACUGAUAUAGUGCGACUAUCGCGUGGUUUAGAUCCUGAGUGUAUUACGGAAUACUGAGGAUGCUUUGACUCAAUAUAGAGCUGGCUUAUACAAAAAUGAGAAAAUUACAGGAAAUGCAUACAUACACUUUAUUCCUUUCAUAUAUGUCUGUACCACAGUCCAACCAAUAACACUAUUGUCGUCGAAGACAAAUAUGGUCCAACCAACUGGAGUCCACUAUGUUUCAUCAAAUGAACAGUCUUAAUGGAAUAUAGAAAUAGACCCACAAUCCCCUAAAUAUAAUCAAUAGUGGUAAGUAUUUUUCACUAUAUUUGAUCACAAGUUAUCAAGUAUGGAUUGGAGAAGCAUGGAUGCGAUUCUAUCUUACGCAUUUUUAAUAUGACUGAAUAAUAAAUGUAGAAAGUCAUUGAAAUCUGUCGUGGAGCAGUUGCGACAGCUUUUCAUGCUAAUAGAACAAAUUAAUAGUGUCCCAAGGCCUUUCGCUAUACGCUGCCACUGAUCUUUUGCAUUAUUUAUUACUACUGGGCUACAAUUCUAUUUCCUGUUGAUUUCUCAU